ACAGGCAUCAAUCAGCACACUGCUUUGAAGUUUACUGCUUAGAGAUUUGGACGCAUGCCUCGCUUCUUUCAGCAGCAGCAACAGUUAGUCACCCACCUCUGUAGCUUGCUAGACAAAAUAGCCGAAAGCUCUUUAGACGCUUUAGUGUAUAUUAGCCACUGUGUUUUAAACCCACUUCUGUAGUUAGUUAUCCGCUUUAAUUUCAUAUUUACGGUGUUGUUGUUAUUAGUCAGCUAGCGGGCUGGUUAAGUUAGCAUUAGCCUAGCUAGCUAACAUCUCCGACCAUGCGGCCAGUAAGCCACUCUCCUUCUAAUGAAGAGGAGGAUAUCACAAUAAAACAAGAAGUAGAGAGUGAGGCCGUUACUGUGAAAGAAGAGAAAGACGCGUUCAGAGUGAAAGAGGAGGAGGAUGCAGUUUAUGGAUUGAAAGAGGAGGAGGGGGAGAUGACUGUCCCGUCCAAAAAGGAGGAGGAAGAAGAGGAGGACCCUGGAUAUCUGGGCCCGGUUUCCCAAACGCAUCUUAAGGUGUCCAAUGGUUCUAACGGUGCAGUUAGCAAUAAGAUGGUUUUGAGAAACCGUUCCCUGAUUAACACUAGAGAGAUACAGGACUAUCGUGGAUCCUCUGGGGAGCCUGAACAACCUCAUGAUGGUGAUGAGGCAGAGAAGAGUCUCUCCACAUCAGGACAUGUCAAGAAACACCUGCAGAGACCCACUGGGAAGAGAACUCACUGCUGCUCUGACUGUGGGAAGAGAUUCACCUCCUCAUCAGGCAUUAAAAUUCAUCAUAGAAUCCACACAGGAGAGAAGCCUUAUAGCUGUGGUCAAUGUGGGAAGAGUUUUACUUCAUCUAGUGGUCUUAUUGUACACCAGAGAACACACACAGGAGAGAAACCUUAUCUCUGUGAUCAAUGUGGGAAGAGUUUUAAUUCAUCUAGCUGUCUUACUGUACACCAGAGAGCACACACAGGAGAGAAACCUUAUAGCUGUGAUCAAUGUGGGAAGAGUUUUGCUAGAUCAAACAUUCCGACAUUCCACCUGAGAAUCCACACAGGAGAGAAACCUUAUAGCUGUGACCAAUGUGGGAAGAGUUUUAAUUAAUCUAGCUGUCUUACUGUACACCAGAGAACACACACAGGAGAGAAACC